ACACGCUGAUGUCGUCCAACACAGGAAGGAGCAGGAACGAUGAUGAUAUUGCUGCUCCUCGCGUUCAGUGUUGCCAUGAGUUUUGAAACCAUCACAGAUAUAUGGACCGUAGAGACUGUCCCGGUUAUCAGUCAUUUACCGGGAAUUACCUAUCACAAAGUGGUGGCCCUAUCACCCAUACAGUGUGUGGUGACCGCUCUGACGUACAAUCGGUCAGCGGCGACGUAUGAUUGGUCAACGCAUCAGUGUUUAAUGCACGAUACCAAUGGAACUACAGGCCAGACCGCGGGAAAACGUGUGGUUUAUAUACACGUGACAAAGGGAGACAAAAUUGCUGAUGUCGGAGAAUUGGUUAACGGGUCGCAGGGUCCCUCCACUAUUCCCCAAAUCACUACAACUUGUCACAAAACAACACCAGGUAUACAGACGUGUGAGGAGGCAGAACAUUCCGGGGUCUACUGUAUCACUCCAGUACAGGGAAACAGUUUCAAUGUUUACUGUGAUGUGGAUAGUGAAGGAGGCCCUUGGACAGUCAUACAAAACCGACAAAGCGAGGAGGUGUACUUCUACAGGAACUGGGACCAGUAUAAAACUGGAUUUGGUGACCUUUCUGGUAAUUACUGGUUAGGGAACGACAAUAUAUUUACACUGACUCAGGCACCAUGCAUACUCCGGAUAGAAGUGGAAUCAUUAAAUGACACAUUUGGUUACGUCGAAUACUCGAGUUUCCAGAUUUCCAGCGAGGUAGAAGGCUACGCAUUGUCUGUGUCGGGAUUUACUGGAAAUAUUAGCGAUGGCCUUAGCACUAGUAACGGCUUUAAGUUUUCAACACUGGACCGAGACAACGACAAAGACGAUGACCGAAGCUGUGCCGAAGGUCGGGGAGGAGCCUGGUGGUACAGGAAGUGUUCCGACUCAAAUCCCAAUGGCCUUUACAACGCGACGCAUUGGCGACAGUCUAUCUACUGGCAGGGGUUCUACGGCAGCAAUGACUCGAUUGUAAUGAAGACGACACAAAUGUUACUAAAAUGUCCUUAAUAAGUCAGAUAUAUUGAGUUAUGUAAACUACCUUAUAUGGUCAUAUCACAAUAAACAUCACGAGCCUAUAGUCGGUCGAUGGAUAAACGCGGAAGUGUAGCGGUAGUUUCGUAAAAGUUCCGGAUAUUUUUGACGGAACACAUUGAUAUCCAGCCAUCAUCAUACGAAGGUCUACAAUUUAGUUAGAGCAGGCAUACUUAUACAUGUGUAUAUAAAUGUAUUAUAUCAUGUAUAUAUAUUGGAAUAAUAAAGAUA